AGGAAAGCCGUAAAAAAACAAAGAAAAAGGAAAAAAAAAUAAAAAAAAAUCAACAACCCAUUUCUAGUUUCUCCAUUGGGUCUUCAAAAAUUCCAUAUUUUUCAACAAUUUUCUCUCCCUUACUCUGCCCACUCCAAACCCUCUCAGAUCCCUCGUUGAUUCAAUGGCUCUUGAUCUUUGUAAGGUUCUUUAGUUAGUAGGUUGCAAUCUGGCAACUUGCAAAGCCCAAUGGAUAUAGAUGAUAACAAAUCAACUGAAAACGGGGUACACUGUGAAGGUGAAUUUCACGAGCAACUUCCUAGUGCGGGGGAAGAUGUUUUUGCAGAGAAGUCUGAUGGGAUGCCCAAUGGCACUUCUACUACUGAAGAGCUGGGAUGUUUGAAGAGCACUGAAAAUUUGAAUGAUGAUGAAGCUGUUGACUCUUUUGUUGAAGAAGUUAAAACCGAAUCAAUAGUGCCUCCAGAAAGCUACCCUGCUACUGGUUCUAAGGAGCCUGAAGUUUCAGAUUCCGGAGAGCCCAAGAGUGGCAAAGUAGAAAAGGCUCUUAGCAAGCCCAAAAAUGGUAAACCUUUGAGCCUUAAGCAUGCUGUGACUGCUGGGUCAAAGAAGGGGAAAUCUGGAAAAGAUGGUUCAUCUAGUUCUGUGGUCUCAAAUGGUACUGUUUCCUUAGAAUCACGGGCCAAACAGCCAUCUGCUCUUAGGGCAAAAUCAUUUGACGAGAGGAAAACAGCUGAGAGCAAUUUAAAGCCAGUGAAGGUUAAUCAUGCUAAGCAGUCUGGAUGCUCUGAUGUAACAUCUCCUCAAAGCGCUGCACAGCUUGAAGGUGUUAAAGAAAAGCCUACACUGAAGCCACUGAAGAAAGGUCCCCCAAGUAAAGCUGAAGUGACUCAAUCUCCUUUAAGUCCUACCACUGAAGAUGCUAAGUCUUGCAGAGUUGGUACUCUUCCAACUUAUAAUUUCAGCUUCAAAUGUAAUGAAAGAGCUGAGAAAAGGAAAGAGUUCUACACUAAACUUGAGGAAAAGAUCCAUGCAAAGGAAAUGGAGAAGAAUAAUAUGCAAGCAAAGACUAAGGAAACCCAGGAAGCCGAGAUCAAAAUGCUAAGAAAGAGCUUAGCUUUCAAAGCGACUCCAAUGCCAAGCUUCUAUCAGGAACCUCCACCUCCUAAGGUGGAGCUGAAGAAGAUUCCAACAACAAGAGCCAAAUCUCCCAAGCUUGGUCGGAAAAAGAGCUCGCCUACCGAUGAGGAGAGCAAUUAUCAUGGCACGCACCACAGGUUGAGCUUGGAUGUAAAAGUAUCCCAGGAUGAACCUGCCAAAGUGUAUUCUCUUGUAAGUGUGAAAACCCCCCAACGGAAGUCCCUUCCUAAACUUCCAUCUGAAAAGACCAAUUUAUCCGGUGAAAUGAGGAAAGUACCUUCUCGCAAGUCCAAGGAGACAACUGAAAUCACAUCUCGACCAAACAAUGCAGCCAGCAAAAUUGGUGAAGCUACAUCUAAGGAAACGAGCAAAGAAACAACCGUUGAGACAAACGAUACUGAAGCCAAGGUAAAUGAUAAGUUUGUCAUUGAAGAUCAAGGACAGUUAACUAUGGUGCAGGAAUCUAUCGCAGUGGAUCAUUAAGAGCAAGAACUGGAGCCAAAAAUAUAUUUAUUAAGCAGCAACCAUAAACCCAUCUUUGCGAAAAUAUUGGAAAGGUAUCAACAAGACUCGAGUCAUUUGACAAAUGAAGGCAUGGCCGAUAUUUAAUAGGGGGAUGGGAUGGGGGGAUGAUGUGUCAUUUUGUCCAUAGUCAGUGAUGUGGCUUGGACGUGUAAUCUGCACUUUCUUUCAAGAUUGCUGAGUUUCGGUCAUUUGGAAUUGCUUGCUAGCAGAUUGUAAAACUGAAAGUCUACUAGUGUUUGCACGAUUUGUUGGUUGCAGGUUUUGGUUAGAUGAGGGCUCUAGUGAGACCCCCCGCGCUAGACUAGCAGGAAAUUCUUGAGAAAAUUUGUCUUGAAAUGGUUCAAGAUCCGAGUCUUCGACAAUUUUUAGAAUUUGGCUUGUGCUGGCUGUUAAACUGUGAUGCCAAACUGUCUACUGUUUGUCAAUUAUGGUGUAUCUAUAUUUGUUAAAUGA